CCUUCCUUCCUUCCUGCUUGCUAGCUUAGCUAUCCCUUACCGAAGUCAGGUCGUAUUCAGGAGCAUUUACAAUAACCAUAAUAACAACAGCUGCGACAUAUAGUCCAGGUAAUUUAUAUCAGAAAGGCUUCCGAACCUCUGGGACAUGGCCAGACAAGAACAAGUCCUCCAGCUUGAGCCACCACACGAAUUGAAAUUUAGAGGUAAGACUAGGGCAGGGCCUGAUAGUUUGGUCUGCAAGUAUUUGACCAUCGUUCCUAGCUAAUGUAUUAACAAUAGUGUUGUUGACGUUAACUUCAUUGUGAAAAGAUGGGUCUGCACACGGUGUAUCAUAUUUCCUAUUUGGUUUCUAGAGUGGUGACAAGUGAAGCGCCAUUGCAUACCGACGUCUUCUACCUACGGAUACUAACAGGCUAAUGCCUAGCUGUCAUUUUCUAGCUUAGCCUGUAAUGAAAAGGCAGGCUCGAGUCAUAUCUUCAAUCAAUAUCAGUUGCAUGCUUUUCAGUUACUAUCAUAAUGACGAUCUCCCUGGUUUGCGAGUCAACGGUUGCCACCGGAAAUAAAUACUUAUUUCUAUAGCUACUAAUGAAAUAAUUUCUAACGUUAGUAGCUAACUAGCUACUUUCUAUAAAGUCAAGGACUACACUAGGGAAAUUCCCAUUAAACAAUUACCCGAAUGGAUACAGAGAAUAGUGUUUUUCAAUCCAUUCCUGGGGCUAACCCAGAGCGUGCGCAUUUUUGUUUCAGCCCAGCACACACGAACAAUCCCUUGAUGAGUUGAAUCGGACUCCCUAAGAACACGUCACUUCGAUACAGCUAGGACCGGAAGUGACUUUUCGUAGCAGGUUUGAGCGCAUUUUCGCUAACCCUUUUCCUAACCUUAACUUAAUUCUCCUAACCUGCUGCGUAAGUUAGCCUAACCGUCUACGAAAAAGUUACUUCCAGUCGUAGUUCUAUCAAAGUGGCGUAUUUUUGGGGGAAUCUCGAGUUGUAUCAGGUAUGUUAUGGUUGGGCUGAAACACAAAUGUGCACCCCUUAGGGGAGCCCCAGGAAUUGAUUGAGAGAAUCUGCAGUAGCAAAAGGUGACUGUUGACAAUUGUCAGGCACAGGAUCAGUGAGUCCUAGCAGAAUGGUAAGGUCCGGAGGUGAACCAUUUUACCGCUUGUAAUGGAAUUAUUGAACAGGGGCUAUAAUUGAUUAAUGGUUUUGAGAGUUAUAUCAUUAGUUAUAACAAAAGAGAUGAAAACUAAUGAUAUAAUUCUAAAGAUAGCAAAAAAUAGGUGGGGUCGCCUAAAUAAAAUGGUCCUCCCCAACUGUUUGGAAAAACAGCAAGUUAGCUAUAAUAAUAGAUGAGUCAGCUAGCGAGUAUUGAUAUCUGUUGUCUGUUCUCUCUCCAUCUUUUCAAGGUCCAUUUACAGAUGUUGUCACAGCCACCCUGAAGCUAGGCAACCCAACAGAUAGAAAUGUGUGUUUCAAAGUCAAGACGACCGCGCCCCGUCGAUACUGUGUCCGUCCAAACAGUGGCAUCAUUGACGCAGGCACCUCCAUCAAUGUAUCUGGUUGGUAUCUUUUUGUUUGAUUAUACAUUAUUGUAACUGACAAAUCUCAAAAAGAGGAACUAAUAGUAUGUUGAUCUGGUCAAAGGAAGGUAACACAUUGUGCUGUUGCUAAGAGGUUGCUCAGUGGCAUUUAACUGUCUGCUUUGUUUUACAGUUAUGCUACAGCCUUUCGACUAUGAUCCCAAUGAAAAGAGCAAACACAAAUUCAUGGUGCAGUCCAUGCUUGCACCAUAUGACAUGACUGACAUGGAAGGGGUGGUAAGUGUCCAAAUGGAAUGUGAUACAUCUGAAUGUCACUAAUUAUGAUCUGAUGAUCACAGUAAGUCCAUUCAAGCUGCAAUUCUAGGUCACAGAGUGACUAGUACUUACUGUCUCAAGCCACUACUUAUUUAGGUGUUGCAAGUGGGACAAAUGUGCUGUCAGGAUAUGCUUAUCUUAUGAGUGCCAUAGACUCCCUAGCUGGGUGUGGUCAUCUUGGUGUUGCCUGGUAAUUCACUUUUCCGUCUGCCCUCUUUUUCUUCUCUCUCUAUCAUUCUUUCUAUCAUUCUAUCCUUCCCACCGACAGUGGAAAGAGGCAAAGCCAGAGGAGCUGAUGGACUCCAAGUUGAGAUGUGCAUUUGAGCUGCCGCUAGAGAAUGACAAAACUGUAAGUACUCUACGUCACUAUAUCAUAUCACUACAUACAACUGCAUGUAUUUUUCUUCAUAUUCCUUCCCUCAUAGAUUUCAUCUUAGUGUAAGAUGCAUUCACAGAGCACCUUCAUUCCAUUCACAAACAGAUCCUGAAUGAUUGUCAUCUCCAUUGCGUCUCUGAAGCAGCCAUUGCCAUGUUUUUUGUGUUUCUCAUCCCCAUUCUGUUAUUCAUCUGCAUGUUUCUGUCUCCUCCACUCCUCUCCACAGCAUGACAGUGAAAGCAACACAAAUGUGUACUCUACUCCCAUAAAGUCAGAGCUCUCCUCACUCCCUAAGUCGGCCAGCUCCUCCCUGGAUGACGGGGAGGCGAAGAAGAUCAUGGAGGAGUGCAAGAGACUGCAGAUGGAGGUCCAGAGGCUACGGGAAGAGAACAAACAGAUAAGGGUGAGUCUCAAAUGUCCCUAGGACCCACAACAAUCAGAUCUGUUGUUCUACACAAUGCAUUUUAUCAGCACCAUCUGUAACAAUGCAGACUUAAGACCUUUCCUUUCUUAGUUGAGAUGGGUAAUUGACUGAUUUGAGAUCAGUAACUGCGGUUUCACUGUUAUUGCAAAAAAAAACAGCUGUUCUAUAUUCAACAUGGUUUGACUGGCAUUUGGCCUGUGACUCCUCCCCCUUUACCAAGGAGGACGAUGGUCUGCGGAAGAGGAAGGUCACGCCCAUGGUGUCCUCCCCCCACUCCUCUUCCUCCCAGGCCAUGAUGAAGGAGGAGGGCCUGAGUACCCGCGUGCUGGCGCUCUGCGUGCUGUUCUUCGUCAUCGGAGUCAUCAUCGGGAAAUUGGCCCUGUAGAGACAGCCAGCGGCAGCGUGCUCGGAGGACCGAACAAAACAACAACAACAACAGGAUGUGUACUUUUUUUGUUGUUGCAUAAUGCAAUAUCACAAAUUUAUUUGAGUAGUGACAUUUUUUAACAUAAAAAAGCGAAGAAGGUAAUCAAGAGUCGUCUUGCCUUUUAAUCACUAUUCUCUAUCCUGCCACUCCUACUUGCACAGAUACAGUACAAAUUAUUGUGUGAGGAAGUGGCAACGUUGUGAUCUAUAAGUAUCAAUAAUAGCAAUGUGUUCCAGUAAGGCCAACGCUUUUCCUACUGCAGAAUUAACGUGACAGUUCUAUGAUGUUGUGUGAAUGUUUUAAUCACUGCUUUUUUAAGGGAAGGAGACGUAUGUUGUGUGUGAGUUGAGAGGCUGCUGGUGAAUUUUAGCAAGAAGGGGUAAUUAUGUAAAUCCAGUCAUCCAACUUAUUCCUUUAUAAAAACAGAAAAUGUAUUUAGGGGGUAACUGAAAAUAAAAUGUUAACCAUAAUUUAGUCCCAAAGAGACCCCUUUCCAAUACAGUAGGUUGCUUUUUAUUUCCAAUAAUCAAAUUUGUAAUUGAUUUUCUCAGUCACAGAAGAUGUACCGUCUCAUCGUGCUGCAGUGAAUUAGUUCUACACACACUCAUUUAGUGACAGUGUCUGAGGUGAAGGUACAGAAUGACUGACUUGUCGUUUGGUCGAAGGCCCGGGAUGCGAGUGCUUUCCUCAGGGUCAGUAUGAAAUGGGUGUCAUCUUCAGAGAGAAAAACUGAUGCAGCUUUUCCAGAUGACAGCAAAUGGUUUUAUCUCAAGUUAAGCCUGCAAGUGAUCCAAGUCCUGUAUCAGCUGAUUGCAGGGGAGUAAGAGAAAUAUGCAACAUCCAUUUUUGACGUACAGUACACUAAAAUAUAAGGAUGGGUUUGGACUCAUAACGGUGUGUAUAUAGUUUGAUAGUACUUUGUGUUCUCGUGCUUUGCUUCAGUUGUUUGCUUUGAGUAUCAUGUAGGCAUAAUUGUUUUGUAAUUAUAUUUGUAUGCACUGUAUUCAAAUCAAGUUAACAUAUAGCGUCUACUCUGCAAAUAGCAUGGAAAUGACCUCAAUAGUUUUCUUUCUUCCUGUGUUUUAAACAAAAGGGACCAUCUCGGAACUAGCUAUCGGUUGGGGUGUUUUCUGUCUUAGCUGUC